AUCCGUUGUAGGAUCGGGCCUCGUUAGUACUGUCUGGUGGGGGUCUCUGUUAACGGGUAGAAAUGAUGGCCCGUGUAGUGCCGUUCGGGUCUCUCCGAGCGGUGAGGUGGUUGCUCCUUGCCGUUUGUUGUGUGUGGAGCAGUGCGCAGGCUGACGAUGUUCGUGUUUACCCGGAGCUAUGCGGGUACACUUGGGAGGCGAUGGAUUCAGACAAAGGAAUAUAUUACAAAAUAAAUCUAUGUGCCCCUUUAAAUUGUGGGGGUUUAAGUGCUAUCUGCGCUUACAAUACUUCACAAAAAGCCAACCAUUCAGUCGGUGAUUUUGCACUCCGGACCAGAGGAGUACAUCAUAUUGAGUACAACACCACCCAGAAAUGUACAAAACAGAACUCUUAUCAGACUGUCCAAAGCAGCAUUAAUUUUUUAUGUGGAAAAACAUUGGGUAGCCCAGAAUUUGUGGCGACUUCUGAAUGUGUGCAUUACUUUGAAUGGAAGACUUUUGUAGCCUGCAAGAAGAGCACCUUCACCCCCCAAAAAGAGGUUCCUUGUUACGUCAUUGAUGAAGUUGGAAAGAAACGUGAUUUGAAUCCACUCAUAAAGAUGUCGGGAGGCUAUUUGGUUGAUUCUCCUGAUGAUGAUGAUUUGUAUAUCAACAUUUGUAGAGAUAUAGCUCCUUCAGGCAAGACGUCUGCAUGUAAAUCUAGCAGCAGUGCCUGUUUGUUGAAAGGAUCCACUGCAUUUGAUGUUGGACAACCCACAGAUGCUUUAAAACUAAUUGACAAAGACAGAUUAAUACUUCACUAUACCAAAGAAUACAAGGAGAGUGGAAAGCCACCAGUGUUUUGUGGCAAUCAUAAACCUGCUGUCACCAUUACUUUAAUCUGUCCUUCUGGAAGGAGAGAGGGUACAGAUCCCAAGUUAAUAGCGAGUACUAACUGUCGCUUUGAAAUUGAAUGGGUCACUGAAUAUGCCUGCCCCAGAGAUUACUUAGAAAGUCAUAACUGCAAGCUUGUAAGUGACCAGCAUGACCUCUCCAUUGAUCUGACUCCCCUCACAUUGCCUGCAUCUAGCAAUCCAUACCAUGUUGUCCCCAAGAAGAAUGACGAUGCCACUGAUGAAUAUUAUUAUUACCUGAAUGUGUGUGGACAGAUCAGCCCUGCUGUUUGCCACGAUAGUAGAGGUUUUGUAGCAGCAUGUCAAACUAAACCAGAUGUUUCCUUCAGUAAGAUUGCAGGACGAUAUCAAAAUCAAACACUCAGGUACUCUGAUGGUGAUCUUACAUUGAUAUACCCUGAUGGUACUUCAUGCAGUUCUGGAUUCCGAAGAAUGACAAUAAUAAACUUUUACUGUAAUGAAUCAGCUGUUGAUGGAGGAAAGGGUAAACCAGAAUUCAGUGCUGAAGUUGACUGCACAUACAUUUUUGACUGGGGUACGAAGUAUGCCUGUGUGAAAGAAAAGGAAAACCUGCUGUGUGGUGCUUCUGAUGGAAAGAAACGUUAUGAUCUUUCACCUUUAACUCGAUACAAAGCAAAAGAAGUUCCUGAAUCUGACAAUACUCACAACUGGGAGGCACUAGAUAGCCUGGUAAAAUCUGAUCGAAGACAGAUCUAUGUUAAUGUAUGCCACAAGGUACUUCAAGAUGGUGAAGCUGUAGGAUGUCCUGAAGAUGCAGCUGUUUGUUCUGUUGGUGAAAAUAGCAAAAAGAACCUUGGAAAAUUUGUUUCACCCCCUACAAAGGAAGGCAAUAAUAUUCAACUAGUGUACUCUGAUGGUGAGCCAUGUGGAAGAAAUGGUCGUAGCAAAACUAUUAUCACUUUUAUAUGUAGACCCGGGGAUCUGGAGAGCCCUCCUAUCCUGAAACCUGGGAUCAAUGAAUGUUUGCAUGAACUAGAAUGGCACACAGCUGCUGCUUGUGCUUUAUCCAAAACAAAUGGUGAUGAUUGCAGAGUUUCAGAUCCAGAGGCCGGCUUUUUGUAUGACCUUUCAUCUCUAACCAAAGAAAAUGGGUAUUACCAAGUUAAAUCUGAGAAGUACAAUUUCUAUAUAAAUAUAUGUGGCAAUGUUUCCAAGGAUGGCUGUGAGAAAAAUUCUGGUGCUUGUCAGGAAUCCCUGCUUGAUCAAACCUUUUGGAGCCUAGGGGAGUCCAAUUCCAGAUUGUCAUACUAUGAUGGGAUCAUUCAUCUGGUUUAUAAAAAUGGGACAGCAUACAACAAUGGGCAGCACAUCCGACGAUCCACACAUAUAACAUUCCUGUGUGAUCGAGAUGCAGGUGAAGGGCAUCCAGAAUUUGAGGAGGAAGAUGAGUACACUUACAAUUUCAAAUGGUAUACACAAUAUGUUUGCCCAGAAGUGCCAAUAGACUGUAUCGUGACAAAUGAGGUUACAAAGCAACAGUAUGAUCUGUCAAGAUUAUCAAAGUCCGAAGACAGUGAUGAAAGUAACUGGUUUGCAAUGGACACAACAUCAAGUAACCACAAGAAGUAUUAUAUCAACGUCUGUAGACCUCUGAAUCCAAUUCCAGGAUGUGAUCGCAAUGCGGGAGUCUGCCUGAUGGAGUAUGAAAGAGAUUUUGAUGCACUUUAUGAAAAAGUAUCCAUUAGCAAUCUGGGUAUUGUCAAAAAUGGCCCCAAGCUAGACACAGAUGGACGGAUUAUUUUGGAAUACGUAAAUGGUUCGGCAUGUGUGAAUUCCAAUGGUGGUAAAAUCUCUUACACCACCCGUAUUCACCUGAGUUGUUCAAAAGAACUGUCCUCUGGUCCAAGGUUCAUCGAUCAUAAAGAUUGUGUGGUCACAUUCCUGUGGGAAACUGAAGCAGCCUGUCCUAUAACAACAGUUGAAGCUUCAAAUGAGAACUGUUCAGUGGAAGAUCCCAACUCUGGUUUUGUCUUUAACUUUCUGCCGCUGGCUUCAGAUACCGGUUACUCAGUUACUGGAAACAACAUGGUAUUUAAGCUGAACAUCUGCCGUGGUUUAAACGAAUGUGGGAAAAUAGGUACCAAGACAGCAACUGGAUGUGAGAUAGAUGGACAGAAACCAAAACAUCCAGUUGGAUUGCAAACAUCACUCCAAGUUUCCACUGAUGGUCUUAUAACUCUUAUGUACAAAGGUACAUUGGAAGCAGAAUCAGGCCUCCGAGAUACAUUUAUCAUCUAUUUUGUCUGUGACACUACUUCGUAUCCUGGAAAGCUCAAGUUUCUGCGAGAAGAAAUUAGCACUACAACAUCUGUUCAUGACACCUACUUUGAAUUUUAUACGGCAUUGGCCUGUUUUCCAGCUCCUGUGAACUGCCUUGUCAGUGAUAUAGCUGGUAAUGAAUAUGAUCUGAGUGACCUUGCCAGGGACAAAGAACCUUGGGUUGCAGUAGACACAACGGAAGAUAGAAGUAAACGUACAUUUUAUCUAAAUGUUUGUAAGCCUUUGCCUUUAGUUCAGGGCUGUCCAGGUGGUGCUAUUGGAUCUUGUGUCAAGUAUGCUGAUAAAAGCCAGAGUCUGGGCUAUAUUCAGAUGAGUCCACGGGCUGAGACUGAUGGUUCACUCAGUAUUGUCUAUUUGAAUGGGGAUAAUUGCAACGACCAUCAGAAAUAUUCUACACGAAUCCUCUUCCAGUGUGACACAAUCUCAGGUUCUCCAAUAUUUCAGGAAAUGGAUGAGUGUGAAUUUCUUUUUGUGUGGAGAACUCCAGCUGCUUGUCCAAUUCGCAGAGCUGAAGGUGAAAACUGUCAAAUUAAGGACCCAAAAUUUGGUUAUGUGAUUGAUUUGCGACCACUUGCUAAUGAGGAUCAGAAGGUGACGGUUGAUGAAUACACCUAUCACUUCAGAGUAUGUGACUAUUUGAGAAACCCUGACUGCGGUAGCUCUUCACAAGACGAAAAUGCAGUUUCAGCAUGUCAGACAAAGCCACAUGAUGAUAAUUUCAAGAAGAUUGCAGGACGCUUUACCCAGCAUUUAACCUAUGAAGAUGGAUUGAUAAUGAUAAACUACACCAGAGGAGACAUUUGCCAUAAAAUUUAUGAACGGUCAACUGCCAUCUUGUUCUAUUGUGAUCACAGCCAAACGCCGGGCAAGCCAGUAUAUUUGAGGGAAACUCCAGACUGUACAUACCUCUUUGAAUGGCAUACAUCGUAUGCUUGUCCACCAUUCCGAUCCAUCGAUUGCACGUUAAGGGAUAAAGAUGGGAAUUCUUAUGACCUUACUCCUUUAUCACAGUCCCAAGACAACUGGGAGAUAGAACGGCAACGUGAUGUUGACCAGACAUAUUACAUCAACAUCUGCAAGUCACUAGUUCCAAAAAAUGGCAACUGGGCCUGUCCCUUAAAUGCAGCUGUCUGCCUGAAAAAUGGCAGCAGGUAUAUGAACCUUGGUGAGGUGGUUGCAGGGCCAAGAUGGGAAGAACAUGGUCUGCUUGUCCUACGUUAUCAAAAUGGUGACUGGUGUCCUGAUGGAAGACGCAAUAAGACUACAAGCAUACGUUUCAAAUGUGAUAAAGAUGCAAUUAACACAAAGCCAGACUUAAUCACUGCCAUUGAAGGUUGUGAGUACACAUUUUUGUGGUUCACUGCUUUCGCUUGCCCAGUAACCAGAAAUGUACACGAUGAAUGUGUUGUGACAAAUCCAAUUACAGGCCAUUUAUUUGACUUGAAUUCACUGCGAAAAAGCCAAGGCUAUACUAUAUAUGAUCGUAAAAUCAGAAGAAACUUCAUUCGCCUUAAUGUUUGUGAUAAGGUGCAAAAUACUGGAUGUUCAGGCAAUGAUGUUGGUGUGUGUAUACAAGAUGAUCAUGCAACCAAUGCAGGGCGUUUCAAUACAGAAGUGACUUAUGUAGAUCAGGUGUUGAGGCUCACAUAUAGUGGAGGUGAUAUCUGCUCCAGUAACCCUAACCUGCAUCACAGAAGUAUCUUCAGUUUUGUCUGUAGCACAUUUGCAGGAGCAAAUACUGGACCUGUACUGGUGGCUUCAGAUGAGCAGACAUGCACCCAUUAUUUUUCUUGGCAUACACAGCUGGCCUGUGAACAUGAGCUGAGAUGUUCGGUGAAGAAUGGAGCUUCGAUUAUUGAUUUAAGUCCUCUGAUCCAGAAGACUGGGUAUUAUUCAGCAGAAGAUGAAGAUAUUGUUGAUGAUAGUCAAGAUGAUACUCCUGAUUUUUACAUCAACCUUUGCCAACCACUAAAUCCUAUCCCAGGGGUUGACUGUCCUCCUGGUUCAGCUGUGUGCAUGGAUCCUGUAAAUGGGCCACCUGUGGCAAUUGGUUAUGCUUCUGCACCUCCACAAAUUAAUUCAGCAACUCAGGACGUUUACAUUUCUUUCAAAACCAAUGUUACCUGUCAAACAGAUCCUACAUUGACUUAUGACUCUCUCAUAGUGUUCCAUUGUGUCACGGGUGUAGACUUGGGAAGACCAAAAAUGAUGAGAAAAUCAGAAUGUAGCUUUGUAUUUGAAUGGGCAACUCCACUGGUGUGUCCAGAUUCAGUGAUGACAUCUGGCUGUUCACUAUCUGAUCAACAGUUACAUCACACCUUCAAUCUGUCUGUUUUAACAGGAGGGAAAUACCAGGUCAACUUUAAAGGAAGGACCUAUCACCUUAAUAUAUGUGCAGGAGUAACGGGUGUACCUGACUGUAAAAACAGCGCUGUCUGCUUGGUCUCGGGUAACAAAACAGCAUCAUUUGGCAAUCCAAAAGCCAUGACCCUGGAAUACAAACACCAGGAUCAAGCCUUGAUGUUGUAUUAUAGGAGUAGUGAUCUGUGCCCAAAAGUAACGGAAAGAGGAGAGCUUUGCAGAUUCCCUUUCACAUUUUCUGGGACCUCCUACAGUGAGUGUACAACAGAUGGGAGAACAGAUGGAUUUCUGUGGUGUUCAACAACUGAUGACUAUGACAGGGACAAAGCAUGGGGCUUCUGUAGUAAUGCAACAGCAACUCGGAGAUCAACAAUCAUCUUUAGGUGUGAUGAAAUAGCUGGAAAUGGAAACCCCGAAGUGCUGAGUGAGAUCCUUGGUUGCUCAACAACUUUUGAAUGGAAGACUAGCGUUGUUUGUCCACCCAAAAAGAUGGAAUGCAAGAUAAUUUACAGGCAUAAGACCUAUGAUUUAAGAAUGCUUUCUUCCCUUACCGGAUCAUGGAAGUUUACAUCGAAUGGUGAUACGUAUUACAUGAAUCUUUGUCAAGGUGUUCAUGAAGGACCCACGGGCUGCCCUUCAUAUGCUAGCGUGUGCAGAAGGAAUAAAAAUGGUAAAACCCAAAUAUUGGGGCUGGUUCACACCCAAAAAAUCGACGUUCAAGGUGCAAAUCUUUUUGUGAGUUAUUCAAGUGGGUAUUUUACAUGUGGUACAGGAAAACACGCAACGACGACAAUACGCAUGCAAUGUUCAUCAACAAGUGGAGCACCAGAGCUGGAAAGCUUUGAUGAAAAGGAAUGUGAGUUUUUAAUUGUAUGGGAGACCCGUGCAGCUUGUGCUGUGAAACCUCAAGAGGUUUACAUGGUAAAUGCAACCAUUACAAGCCCAACAAAUGGCCAGAAAGCCAAUUUGUCAGCUAUUUAUUCAAAAUUGUAUAAAGCUUCAGGUGAUAUUAGAUCAAACGGUGACUCCUAUAUCUAUGAUAUCCAGCUUUCUGGAAUCUCGAAUCCUGAAGAUUUUAAGUGCCAAGACUCCAAUAUCUGUCAGGUCAAAACUAACCAGCCCUAUUUCAGAUCCAUUGGAAUAGCUUCUAAAGCAAAAUAUUACCUUGAAGAUGAUGACCUCGAUGUAGUUUUCUCUUCUAACUCAGCGUGUGGCCGUGACAAAUCCAAGAAUGUCUCUUCCACUAUAAUACUUCACUGUAGUGAAUUGGCAGGGGAAGGGAAACCAGACUUCCUUCAUGAAACUUCAGACUGCCAGUAUCUGUUUACCUGGUACACAUCAACAGUCUGUGCACUAACAUCUGUCAAUCCUGCGAUUCCAGAUGAUAAGUCGCAGAAUGGAGAUAACAUCAAGGGUUUGUCCAGAAGAAGCAAAGCUGUGGGAGCAGUGCUCAGUGUGCUGUUGGUAGUACUGACUGCCUGUCUCCUCAUCUUAUUAUUUUAUAAGCAGGAAAGAAGGGAAAUUAUUAUGCAAAAAGUGACUGGUUGUUGCAGAAGAGGAGGUGGAGUUGCAUACAAAUACACAAAGAUUAAUGGGCAAGAGGACGGUGAUGAAAAUGAGACUGAAUGGUUGAUGGAAGAAAUCUCCUCGUCUGAGAAUGGACAGAAACCAGCAAAAGAGUAUCAGCAAAAUGGCUUGAACCAUGUCACUAAAGCUGUAAACGCUGAUGUUUUUGGGUCAUUCCCACUAGAUGAUCAGGACAGUGAAGAUGAGGUUUUGACUGUGCCACAAGUGAAAAUCCGCUCAACCAGAACAGGAGAGCCCAAGAUCAGGGGUAAUCAAAAGCAGCGGCAUCCACAAAACAAGCACUUUCAUGAUGAAAGUGAUGAGGAUUUACUUGGUUUAAAUAAUGAAAAGAAGGAAACAAAGGGAAAAUUGAAACCACAGAUGAAGCAAAACAGGCCAGCAAAUGACUCCACAAAUAUCACUUUUCAUGAUGACAGUGAUGAGGACAUGCUGAAGGGUUAACCAUUGUGCCUAUCUAAUAGCCUGAUAGGAUACCCAGCCCAGCAGUCUGGAUGAGAGGAACCUGCCUGUCAUUUACUCUGCUGAAUGUUUGAAUAACCCUGCUGAUUUUUUUGCAAAUUAUACGCAAGAAGGGAACUGCAUAAACGCUCCUGAUUGUUUACAAUAAUGUGUAAAGGGACAAAUCUUUGAUUUCCUAGCAUUUGCCUGAGGGAUAUUUAUAUAUAAAAGCUUGUGCACAUGGCCAUUUCUUUGGGGCAGUAAUUAUUGUACCUAAGUAUUGCAAAGAGCUCUAUGAUGCUUUCUUUAGCUUUGACCUUAUUCUUCUGACAAUGAGAAGGAAGGGGAGCAGAGUAAAAGAAUAUUUGUUACUUUGCAGCUCAAUAUCUUUGAUUAGCUUCCAUGAAGCACUGCCCUUUUUGCGUCCAUAUUUAUUGCAAGUUAAAAGAGGAAAGGGUUAGUGAACACUGGUACUUUCUUCAUCCUCCCAACCAGAACCGGUACAGUGAUGUAGGGAAAUGCAGAGGGUUUGGACAUAAUCAUCAUUUUUGGAAAAUUGUUUGAUUCAUAUACUGAAAGGAAACAUUUGACAAAAGGCUACAGUGUUGCAAAAAAUGUGUUAAAUGCAAGUAUAAAAGUUGACAGGAAAUAUUCAAGAUGUGUCGGCUCUAAUCCUUUUGCAUGACCCUCCUAUGAAGUAUUUUUACAAUAUUAUUGUGCAUAUUUGAUGGAUUGAUACCAAAGUGCAACAAUGUGUUGGGCAGGUGUUUUUUUUUGUAUCUAUUUCUGUUUUGGGUUCAAAGGUUUUUAAUUAUUUUCAAAUCAAAGAUGUGUGGUUUUUGUUUCUACAGAAGGUUUGAUAAUUUUGUUGUAAUAUGAAG